GCCUACUCAGUGCUGGCUGUGAUUACCUGGGGCAAAAUAAAGAAGACUGGCGCCACGCCUGCAAAACACUGGCUUUGGGCCAACAGAAGACCAAAAGGCAUCACCUGGAAUAAGGAGCCCAACAUGCCUUUCAUCGAGGAUUGCUGGCGCGCGUGUUUUGAAAAGGGCACCGCUACAUGGAUGUCCAUCGGAGUGACGGGCUGCGAAUGCGGGACAGCUGACAGCGCCGUAGUGGAAGAUGGCUUGGACUGGAAGAUCGCCUCACAACCCGAAUCUGACCAGGGCUACCCAGCAGCCCGCGGGUUCGUGUUGAUGAGCAAGAAGGAGGGCACACGAAAUUUCGUGCCCCACAAGUUCACCUGGAUACAGACAGCAUUUAAUACUGGGAAGCGUGCGGAACUUGAAGACAAGCCGGUAACGAAGUGGGUCCCCGGUGCACUGGGAUCAAAGAUGAAGGAAAAGGUCGAGAAACUCCAUGGAGAUAUCAAGUUUGAAGAGCUGAAGAACAUCGCCAAUCUAGGUUCUCAAGAUAGAAGAGAAGUGGAAACUAAACGAACAAGAACCCUCUCCGGCAAGCAUACUGAAGACACGCAUAAUGAAGACGGCUUUCUGAAACGUGCAACAUUACGGGUACGGCCAUCACUAUUUGGAGAAUGUUUCACCGGCACAGCCAACGAAACCGGUUGGGUAGACUCAGGGACCAAGGCAGAUACGCUUAACGAAUGCAUCUGUGCCUGCCGGCGUUCAAAGCUGGCCAAAAACGUAACUGCCUUCAUUCUGCAAAGCGGCCAUUGCAUUUGCUCUGCGUUGUCAACAUCGAUGGGUAAACUCAUCGGAAGAGUACCACUACCUGCCACCUGUCCUGCGGAUGCUGCAAGGCAAGCAUAUGUUGGCUCCGACCACCUAGGUCAGCUCUGCGGACCAUUCAAAGGAAAAGAUGUUAUUGGCCCGGGACAAGCGGGUAUGCAUGGAGUCUCUACAACGCACCGUUUUCUACAUCGAUCAACGCAAGGAUAUGCUUUUGGGGUGAAAAAGCUGCAAAUCUCCACGAUGGAUCACUCGGCGACCUUAGAAAGAGCAUUAACUGUGGUAGGACACAUCAAACAUGGAGCUUCGCACACUCUAUCUCUUGCCCUGCUGAACCGGAGUCCGUUCCCGAGAAUGUUCCGGCUGAUGGCACACGUUCACAAAACUGCCGCCUUCCACGAAAACCUGACCUUCUACCAUGACCAGGAAGAAUUCCGGAAAAGUUCCAUCCGUCAACGCCUUUUCGUAGAUAGUGCAGGGGCGAUGAAAACUACAUCCAGAUAGUCGAUGUACCACGAAAGACCGCUUAACUGUCUGAUCCCACAAAUGUUUACUUUCGGUUCUAGCGUAUGACCUACGGCAUUCAGCGUGCGCACGAACGCGGCGAAUCGGUUUUGUUUCCGCACUUUCUUGCACAAACUCGCGGGUGUGUCGGCUGUACAUAUCUUAAAAUGGUUGUGGCUUGAGAUAAACGACCGCAUUCGACGGAACACAAUUAACAGU